AUGACUAGCACUUCCUCUGAUAAUAAAUGCAUUCCGAAUUACUGCAAAUUGUUACGGAAAACUGAAUUAGAACCGUGUUUCUGGAUAAAUGAAUAUGUUCAUACUGGUUAUCGACCACCAUACCUAUCUGCAAUGCAAUAUGUGAAAUGGAUAUUUCGGUGGAAUAAUGAAACAAUUAAUAUAUGGUCUCAUCUAAUCGGUUUCUUCUAUUUCACUUGGCGUCAAUAUGUAAUAAAUGCUUGCUUCCUACCUUCAGUAAAUGCUAAUGCAAAAGAUCAUAUCGUUGCUACAGUAUGUUUGCUUGGUUUACAGAUGUGUAUGCUUUUAUCAUCACUUUAUCAUACCUUCGGUUCAACAAGUGCUGAACGAAGACUUAUAUUAUUACGGUUUGAUAUCUUUGGUAUAUCAGCUGGAUUACUUAGUAUUUAUUUGCUGGGCAUUUAUACUGCAUUUCUAUGUUUUGAGGAAUGGCAAAAUCAUUACUUUGCUUUUUUAUUUGGAAUAUCACUGAUAGCAGUAUAUUUGCCAUUAAGUAAUGAUAUCAGUGAAACGCCACUGUUCGCUUCUCAAUUCAGUUGUACUAAUUUAACGUAUUUGAUUAUUGCAACAUUAAGUUUCGGACCGACAUUUCAUUGGAUUGCUCUACAUGGUGGCAUUAGCAAUAAGCAUGUCACAGAAUGGUUACCAAAACUUUUUGUUUUAUACGGAACAUCGGGAUGCGGAUUUUUGUUUUAUAUUUUGAUGAUUCCAGAAAGACUGAAACCUGGUAUCUUUGAUUUGGUAGGAUGUAGUCAUCAAUGGUGGCAUUUACUGGUCUUUGCAGCAAUGUGGUAUUGGCAAAAUGAAUCACUUGAUUAUUUAGCAUCUUAUCGCUCACAGGAAAACUAUUGCUUAAUUUAUAAUCGAUUAUCAAAUACUACUUCUGCAAAUUAA